AUGGAAGACCCUCGAGGAGCAGUUUUGCAGGCAACCUUGAGAGAAGAGAAGAAACUUCGAGUUGAAAAUGCUAAAUUGAAGAAAGAAAUUGAAGAACUGAAACAAGAGCUAAUUCAGGCAGAAAUUCAAAAUGGGGUGAAGCAAAUACCAUUUCCAUCGGGAACUCCACUGCGAGCUAAUCCUGUGGUUUCUGAAAAUACGAUACAGUCUACACCAGUAACCACCAUGUCUUCUGGUGCCAAAGAACAUGUAAAAGGAGGAGCAGGUGAAGAAAAGAAGGCAAAGGAGAAAACAGAAAAGAAGGGAGAGAAAAAGGAGAAAAAACAGCAGUCAGUAGCGGGAGGUGCCGACUCCAAGCCAAUCGAUGUUUCCCGUCUGGAUCUUCGAAUUGGUUGCAUCGUAACUGCCAAAAAACACCCUGAUGCAGAUUCCUUGUAUGUAGAAGAGAUCGAUGUUGGAGAAACAGCCCCUAGAACAGUUGUCAGUGGCCUGGUGAAUCAUGUUCCUCUUGAACAGAUGCAAAAUAGGAUGGUGAUUUUACUUUGUAACCUGAAACCUGCAAAGAUGAGGGGAGUACUCUCUCAAGCCAUGCUGAUGUGUGCUAGUUCACCGGAGAAGGUUGAAAUACUGGCUCCACCUGAUGGAGCUGUUCCUGGAGACAGAAUUACUUUUGAUGCUUACCCUGGAGAGCCUGACAAGGAGCUGAAUCCUAAGAAGAAGAUUUGGGAGCAGAUCCAGCCAGAUCUUUGUACUAAUGCCGAGUGUGUGGCUACGUACAAAGGAGCUCCCUUUGAGGUGAAAGGGAAGGGAGUGUGCAGGGCUCAGACCAUGGCCAACAGUGGAAUCAAAUAGACUAAAAUGUGUCAUUCGUGAAAUACAGUGGAGAAAACUUUAAUAAUAAUAAAAAAGACUGUAUUUGUCACCCGCAUGUGAAAUAAAA